UCAUUAUUUUACACAUGCAAUAUUACCUUUUUUCCCAUAAAUCAAUACAAUGAGUGGGUCCUUACACGUACAUACACACGCUCCGCAUAAAUAAAUACAUGUAUACGGAUGAAAGUUGUUAGCAAUCUUAGAUUUUAUUUGCACCGAAUGUGCAGAUAGCAAAUGACACACUCUCAAAUCGAUUAGUUAAAUUAAAUCCGAAGAAAAUUCAUAAUGACAAUGGUCACUCCAGGAAAGUUGUCCUGCAUUUCGACUGCAGAUCAGAAUACUCCACCUCAACAAACCACCACUUGCAUCCCGUACCAGCUAAAUGAAAAACGACUACGCGUGACAAGAAUAGCAUAUGGAAUUUUACUGGUGUCCGCGACAACAUUCCUCACGGUCUACAGUUUUCUGUGGUUACAAAUUCAACCCCCAUUGGAUCUCUAUGAGGCUGGAAAUUCUUGGACGUUCAUUAUUCUGUUGACGACUUGUGCAAUUGUCAUCUUUCUGACAGGGACAGUUCUUGUUCUUGACAGAUGCCAAGUUCCCAUACGAUGGAAACAUUUGGCUUUGGUGGAUCUGAUAAUGAUAACAUGUUGGGCAAGCACCAUUCUGCUCGUAAUGGGAGCCUUGGAACAAACGCAGAACCGGAGAGAUUGUCCAAAAGAAGUUAAAUGCAACGGGAGGUUUGCUCCCAAAAUGUCCACAACGUUCGGACUAUACGUUGCUGGUGUCUGUGGGACAAAUUUGACCGAAUGGGAUAUAAAAUUUGGGCUGAAACCAACUGAACCUCAGGAUGAAAUUAAGUGUGAAGCCACGAAAACUCUAAAGAUUGAAAUCUACUGUAUGUACGUGUGGGUGGGGGAAUUGUACCUGGCAAUUUUAAUCCACGUGAUAUUGGGACUUGGAAAUUGUAAAAAUAAGAAAAAUCGACAAAAACAGAAUUGCAGGUGUUGUAUGAUGAAUUGUCAAGUUUCAUAAUUCAUAGUGCGUAUGUACAUGCUUUGAUGGGUUAACAUCAACAUUGUGGAAAAGUUUGAUGUCAAUGACAAAUGGUUUAUGAUUAUUGCUUUAUUUUUUUGUGUCAAAUAAUUCAAAAAUACAAUUAUUCGAACUGCAAGUUUACAAAAUAAAAGUUGCAUAUAUUUUACCAAUCAUACAUGUGUUACUAUUGUCCAAGCUGCUUAAUUUUACAACUUAUAACCUAUGUAAUAGUAGUUAAUGUCGUGCUGCAUAACGACAUAUUUACUUAUAUAUGAAUGAUAUGCAUAUGUUCGUUAAUUAUAAUAGAUUGUGGUGACAAAAAUAAUUGCCAAUUUAUUUAAGACGAGCAAUAUUACGGAUUUAGGGUUAUUCAGUCCAGCAAUUUGCACGAACGAUUUCUGGGCUUUUGUGGCUGGUUAGUAGUUUGUCCUAUU